AUGGUGCUGAUGACGCUGAAGAUGAUUUUUAUAUCCACGAUGUUCAUAGGAUCGCUGAGCGUGUUUGUUGUGUAUGUGGGGAUGGAGUUUAUUCCAAGGAUAAACAUAGACAAGGUUAUGGAAUCGAUAUCUGAUCUGUUUUAUGGGAUAUUUGGUUUAUCACUGGUGCGUCUUGGCGAUUCUGGGAAGAAUGAGUGA